GCUAACGCUAGGAGAGCACCGCAACACACCCGGUUUAAGGCUUUUAUCAGGCAGUAGUUUGUAAACUGUAUUAAGGCUGGCGUUACUAGCCAAACAUGCAGAAGUAUGAAAAGCUUGAAAAAAUUGGAGAGGGUACUUACGGUACUGUGUUUAAGGCUAAAAACAGAGAAACCCACGAAAUUGUGGCUUUGAAACGGGUCAGAUUAGACGACGACGACGAGGGGGUGCCAAGUUCUGCCCUGCGAGAGAUAUGUCUGCUGAAGGAACUGAAACAUAAAAACAUUGUCAGACUUCAUGAUGUUUUGCACAGUGACAAGAAGCUCACCUUGGUUUUCGAAUAUUGUGACCAGGAUUUGAAGAAAUAUUUUGACAGCUGCAAUGGGGACUUAGACCCUGAAACUGUCAAGUCAUUCAUGCAUCAGUUGUUGAAGGGUCUUGCUUUCUGUCAUAGUCGGAAUGUUCUUCACAGAGAUCUGAAGCCACAGAAUCUCCUCAUCAACAGAAAUGGGGAGUUGAAAUUGGCUGACUUCGGGUUGGCUCGAGCCUUUGGCAUUCCCGUGAGGUGUUAUUCAGCUGAGGUUGUGACAUUGUGGUACAGGCCUCCAGAUGUUCUCUUUGGUGCAAAACUUUAUUCUACCUCAAUUGACAUGUGGUCUGCUGGAUGCAUAUUUGCAGAGCUAGCGAAUGCUGGAAGGCCCUUAUUCCCUGGAAAUGAUGUGGAUGACCAGCUGAAGAGAAUCUUCAGGUUGUUGGGUACACCAACUGAAGAACAGUGGCAGACAAUGACAAAACUCCCAGAUUACAAGCCAUAUCCCAUGUAUCCUGCCACCACCUCGCUGGUGAAUGUGGUCCCCAAACUGAGUAGCACAGGACGGGAUCUACUGCAGAAUCUAUUGAAAUGCAACCCUGUCCAGAGGAUAUCAGCAGAGGAGGCACUGCAGCAUCCAUACUUUGCUGAUUUCUGUCCAACAUAGAUGCUAAACUGCCCGUUGUUUAAGCUCAGCCGCCUGAAUCAAUCAACCUUCACUCCCAUCAGGUCAUUAGGACCAGUCCAAACUAGGCAAAUCCUGUUGCAGUUUGAAAACACGUUCCUACAUUUCAUCCUGUUGUGCCUCUUUGUGGAUCUAAGUCCUAAUGGCUCUGCAAGAUUUUAGAUUCUGUUUGGUUUGAAGCCUGUCUGCUGAUUCUCAGUCUGUUGUGGUUUGUAUGGUUCUUCUAUUCACAGCAUUAGAGUAUGCAGUGUAUUGCUUUGAAUGCUUUAACGGUCCUUAUCCACAGACUCCUUUGCUCUAUAAGAACAAAUUUCAGAAAACAAUAUAUCCACUACAAACUGUCCCAGGUUAAAUACAUCUUUUAAAGUCUGAAAAUCACACCACUGGUGCAUAUAAAUUGCAUUGAUAGAAUUUCUUAUUGCCAUGUUUUAAAGUAAAUUUGCCACCAUGCACAACUUGAUAACGCCCUUCAGAAAUGUCGCAAUACUGGUGUUGGCAACAGAUUCCUGGUGCAGCUAAUGUUGGAUGUUAUCUCUUCACCAACAUAAUGGUAAAUAUUUUGUAUAAAAUUAAAAGUACUAACUAAGUGAUGUGUCACCUGAAUCAACUUCUGGACCAUUGCGAUAUUUUUAUGCUUGACAGAUCUAGAUAUGAUUUUGUGCUUAAGAUAAGUGUAAUUCCUCAUUCAGUCAAUAACCUAACCAUUUUAGAAUAGCGAAGAGAUGGCAGACAGGCAGACCCAUAUUGCUCUUAUCCCCCAUACAUGCAACUCUCUCCCACUACCUUUUUAAUUAAAGAUUGUAUAAUGGCUUUGAAGCAAAUUUAUACUAUUUUGAGUUAUUUCUCAGGCCUUUUCUCUUUUUUUGUGCACUUUGUACCUGGCAGUUGCAGUUUAAACAUUUUGGUAAUCUUUUAUUUUGUCAAGUAUGUUGAACACAAAGAACCAGAUUAUAGCCACGUUGUCUGCAAAUGGGCCAACAUACAGAUGUCAUGACUUUUGGACCAAUAGUGAGUCAUUACAUUUUUAUUUUAAACCAACUUUUAUUAUUCUCAUGUCGUCUUUCUUUUUUUUUUUAAAGAUGCUUAUUAAUUUGUAAUAGUUAAGUGAGAAAUGAGAAAAAAAAUUAUAUUUAGACCUGAAUUAUGUAAUGUUUUUUUUUGUACUACUGGCUGUGUCCAUUCUGGUUACUUAACUUAAAGCAGUAAACAGCCUGCAAUUGCUGUGUCACAGAAGUCAGCAUUAUGAGUUGUUUUUGAGGUUUUUAGCUAAAUAAGGUAAAUAUUUGCUAUUAUCGUGCUAAUGUAAGUAAGACAAAGUCAUGGAAUGCUUGUAUUUAUUAAGAGAAUGUUUGCUUUUUUUUGCAUUUAGUCUUUUUUUUUCUUUAAGUAAACCUUUUCAUUUGGUACAGAAAUUCUUUGAAUGAUGAAAAUCAAAACUGCUCUGGCAUUCAUGAAGCUAUUUUGUAGUAUAAUGCUUUAAAGUUGUGUGUGGAUUACACAAUGAUUUUAUUGUGAAACAAUGAGAGCGUCUGCUCUCAGCCUUUGGUUGUCAUUGUGAGGACAAGGUAUUUCAGUACUCUUUUCAGACGAACUGCUGUAGAGUUACAUAACAUAUUUCUUUGGUUUAAAAUGAAGAAUGGAUUUUGCACUUUGCUAGUAUCUUUGGUUUUAUUGGUAGAACUUGGGAAAUGUAUUUAGACAAAUGCUGUCAGCGGUCUUUCUGUAUAUUUCAACCACUAGAGUUCAGUAUUCAAUAAAGUGGACACCA